AUGAAUUUCGAUUCGGACGACGAGGACCUCUCGGUCUUUACGCCAGGCCACGAACCCGCACCCUCCUCCUCCUCCCGCCUCGCAUCCCGCUACGCCCCAACGGCCUCCUCCGCAAACCCCUUCUCCAACACACACGGGACGUACGACCCUGCACUCGGCGGACAGAGCCAGAACCCGGCGAGUUAUGGUGGUGGAAAGGCGGCGAAUGAGUUUGGGACUGCGGUGGAUGGGGGCCGGGGAGCGGUUGGAAGGUAUGAUGCGGCUGAGGACGAGUACAACCCGUACUACGACGACGAAGAAGACCUCGCGACAACCUCGUUCGCCGUCUCGCAGAACGACCUCUCACGACCCGACUACUCCCGCGCCGACCGCUCCUACGCCGGGUCCGCGCCUCUCACCGCACACGCGCAACAGCCCGCCGGCUUCGGCCAAGGCCAGCUCGGCGAGCGCUCGGCGCCUAAGAACAUGCUCGAUGACGAUGACGAGCUCGUACAGGCGAAAGCGCGGAUUGCGGCGCGGCAGGCGAAGAGUCAGCGGGCGCUUGAAGCGCGGGGGACGCUUGAGGGCUUGUGGAAGGAUGUCAAGCGGGUUGUCAUGGGCGGGCCGAGGGUGUAUCAGGGAGAGCGGGUCGUUCACCUCAACAACGAGACGAUGAACAAGGCGGAGAAGUGGCCUGGGAACAGCGUCUCGACGAGCAAGUACAACAUCGUUACCUUCUUGCCCAAGUUCCUCGCGGAGCAAUUCUCGAAAUACGCCAACAUCUUCUUCCUCUUCACUGCCUGCAUCCAGCAGAUCCCGAACGUCUCGCCGACGAACCGGUACACGACCAUCCUCCCGCUCGGAAUCGUCCUCAUCGUCGCGGCGCUCAAGGAGAUCAAGGAGGACAUCAAACGGCAUCAAUCCGACGCUGACCUCAACUCGCGCAAAGCCUCGAUCCUGCAAGGCUCGACAUUCGUUGACAAGCCGUGGCGAAGCAUCAAGGUUGGCGACAUUGUCCGUCUCGAGGCGAACGAUGCGUUCCCGGCCGACCUGGUCUUGCUCAGCUCGUCGGAGCCUGAGGGACUGUGUUACAUCGAGACGAGCAACCUUGACGGCGAAACGAACCUGAAGAUCAAGCAAGCACACCCUUCGACCGCAACUCUCCACUCUCCGCAUGCGCUCGCCCAACUAGCCGGCCACCUCCGCUCCGAACAGCCCAACAAUUCGCUCUAUACCUUCGAAGCGACGCUCUCGAUGGGCCAGCCAGGUCACGCUGCGACGUCGUCCGAGACGCCGCUGGGCCCGGAUCAGCUGUUGCUUCGUGGCGCACAACUGAGGAAUACGAGCUGGUUGUACGGGUUGGUCGUGUUCACGGGACACGAGACCAAGUUGAUGCGGAACGCGACCGCCGCGCCGAUCAAGCGAACAGCGAUGGAGCGCAUGGUCAACGUCCAGAUCCUCUUCCUCCUCGCCAUCCUCCUCGCCCUCUCCCUCGCUUGCGCGAUCGGCUCGACCAUCCGCACGCACGUCUACGGCGACGACAUGUGGUAUCUCUUGCUCGACGACGGAGGCGAAAGCAGUCCUGUCUCGGCGAGCAAGUUCGUCAAGGAUGUGUUGACGUUCAUUCUUACGCUCAACAACUUGAUUCCCAUCUCGCUCAUCGUGACGAUGGAAGUUGUCAAAUUCCAGCAGGCCGCGUUCAUCAACAACGACCUUGACAUGUACUACGCCCCGACCGAUACGCCCGCUCUGUGCCGUACCUCCUCUCUCGUCGAAGAGCUCGGCCAGAUCGAGUACAUCUUCAGCGACAAGACCGGCACACUUACCUGCAACCAGAUGGAGUUCCGACAAUGCUCCAUCGGCGGCAUUCCCUACGCCGAUAUCGUCGAGGAGUCGAAGCGCGGCGAAGUCUUCUCGUUCGACCAGCUGCGCGACAACCUCGCGAACGGCCACGAGACGUCCAAGGUCAUCGAAGAGUUCCUGACGCUCCUGUCGACUUGCCAUACGGUCAUUCCCGAGCGUAAGGACGAGAAGAUCACGUACCAGGCGAGCAGUCCGGACGAGGCGGCUUUGGUGCAGGGCGCAGACGUGCUCGGCUACACGUUCACGACCCGCAAGCCGCAGUCCGUCUUCGUCAACAUCGCCUCUCGCGGCUCGCGCGAGUUCGAGAUCCUCAACAUCUUGGAAUUCAACUCGACGCGCAAGCGCAUGUCGGCGAUCGUCCGAACGCCCGAAGGCAAGAUCAAGUUAUACUGCAAGGGCGCCGACACCGUCAUCUACGAGCGGCUCGCGAGCGAGGGUCAGGUGUUCAGCGAGGUGACGAGCAACCAUCUCGAGGAGUACGCCACGGAAGGCUUGCGGACGCUCUGCAUCGCCAUGCGCGACAUCCCCGAAGACGAGUACAAGAAGUGGGCAGUCUUCCACCAGAAGGCCGCCGCAACCAUCUCGGGCCGAACGGAAGCGCUGGACAAGGCGGCGGAGAUCAUCGAGCGCGACUUGUUCCUCCUCGGCGCGACGGCGAUCGAGGACAAGCUGCAGGAAGGCGUGCCCGACACGAUCUACACGCUCCAGCAGGCGGGCAUCAAGGUGUGGGUGCUGACGGGCGACAGGCAGGAGACGGCCAUCAACAUCGGCCUGUCUUGCCGCCUCAUCUCCGAGUCGAUGAGUCUGGUCAUUGUCAACGAGGAGAACGCGCUCGAUACGAAAGACUUCCUCGUCAAACGGCUUGAGGCGGUCAAGAACUCGCGAAGCGCGGGCGAUUUCGAGGAGCUCGCACUCGUCAUCGACGGCAAGAGUCUUUCGUUCGCCCUCGAAAAGGAGCUCUCGAAGACGUUCCUCGAACUCGCCGUGAUGUGCAAGGCCGUUGUCUGCUGCCGCGUCUCGCCCCUCCAGAAGGCUCUCGUCGUCAAGCUUGUCAAGAAGAACCUCAAGGCGAUCCUGCUCGCUAUCGGCGACGGUGCGAACGACGUCUCGAUGAUCCAGGCUGCGCACGUCGGAGUCGGCAUCUCGGGUCACGAAGGCCUGCAAGCUGCGCGUUCCGCCGACGUCGCCAUCAGCCAGUUCCGGUACCUGAAGAAGCUGCUGCUUGUCCACGGCACCUGGAGUUACGUGCGGCUGAGCAAGCUGAUCCUGUACUCCUUCUACAAGAACAUCGCGCUCUACAUGACCGGCUUCUGGUUCGCCUUCCAAAACUCAUUCUCCGGCCAGGUUCUCGAGGAGGGCUGGACCCUCACCUUCUACAACGUCGUCUUCACCGUUCUUCCGCCCAUCGUGCUCGGCGUCUUCGACCAGUUCGUUGGCGCCCGCAUGCUCGACCGCUACCCGGAGCUGUACAAGCUGGGCCAGAACAACAAGUUUUUCUCGGUCCGCAUCUUCUGGCAGUGGAUCAUCAACGCGCUCCUCCACUCAUUCGUCAUCUACGUCUGCACGGUCGCAAUCUUCAAUGAGGGCCUCAUCCUCGUCCAGGGCUGGAUCAGCGGCCAGUGGGUCUGGGGGACGACGCUCUAUCUCACCGCGCUCGUCACCGUUCUUGGCAAAGCCGCCAUCAUCUCCGACAUCUGGACGAAGUACACCCUCCUCGCCAUUCCCGGCUCCUUCGCCUUCACCAUGGUCUUCCUCCCGCUGUACGCCUGGAUCGCGCCCAUGCUCGGCUUCUCGCUCGAGUACACCGACAUCGUCAGCCGGCUGUGGACGUCGCUCAUCUUCUGGCUCACAAUCAUCGGCAUCCCCGUCCUCUUGCUCGUGCGAGACUUUGCCUGGAGGUCGUACAAGCGGCUGUUUAUGCCCGAGCCCUACCACAUCGUCCAGGAGAUUCAGAAGUACAACUUGCCCGACUACCGGCCACGCAUGGAGCAGUUCCAGAAGGCCAUCAAGAAGGUUCGCGCGGUGCAGCGGUUACGACGGAAUCGUGGUUUCGCUUUCUCACAAACGGAGGAAGGGCAGGAGCACCUCAUCCGAGCAUACGACACGUCGGUCACGCCAGGCGGGAAACGGCUCGAGACGUGA